AAAAUGAACAACAUGGAGAUCCCUCGUGCCGCGCCUCUGCUGCUGCUGCUGCUAGGCCUGGCGUCGCCGGCGUCCGCGCUGAGCGCGUCGUCGCCUCUCGUGCGUGCGCGCGUCGCGGCAGCCACUGCUCCGGCCGUGCACGCCUCGCCGCUGCUUCGCCGGCUGCAUCCUCCCGUCGCCUCGGCUGCGACGCUGCAGCAGCCUGAUGCCGCGGCUUCGACGGCCGCAGUGGCGCCCGAGGACGAGUGGAUCGCGCGCGUCGACCUCGCCGCCUUUGGCAAGGAGUGCCGCGAGCUGGGCAGCCGGCUCGAGAAAGGGCAGGGCGAGGCGGACGUCAAGCACCUGAAGCGCAUGAUCCUCUGGUCCAACCUCUGCGGCGCCGUCGGCGUCGCCACCAUGUGGAUGAAGCCCAACUUCAUCUCCGUGAUGGGCCUGUCGCUGUGGACCAUGUCCAGGUGGACGAUGAUUGCGCACCACACCUGCCACGGCGGCUACAACAAGCAGGACGAUGGCACCGGACGCUUCACCUCGCUCGGCUUCGCACUCGGGUCCGUGCAGCGGCGCGCUAUGGACUGGCUCGACUGGAUGCUGCCCGAGGCGUGGAACGUCGAGCACAACAACCUCCACCACUUCCGCACCGGGGAGCCAGGCGACCCCGACCUCGUCGAGCGUAACCUCGUCACGAUGCGCGACUUCCCGCUCCCCGCAAAGCUCAAGUACGUCGCCGUCGCCGCGGUGGCGGCGAUGUGGAAGUGGUUCUACUACGCGCCAAACACGUACAAGCAGCUCCGCAUGCACGAGAUGCGCCGCAACGGCGAGGAGAUCCCCUCCUCGGUCGACAAGCACGACCCCUUCACCAUCGGCAAGUUCCUGCCCGGCAUGGCCUCCGAGGCGCCAGCACUCGGCUACAACUUCGUCGACUACAUGCGCAAGGUCGCCGGCCCCUUCAUGCUCAUCCGCUUCCUGCUCCUGCCGGUGACGCCCAAGUCGCCCUCCUUCUUCAUGCGGCAGGUCAUCACCUCGGUCAACUUCCGCACCGCGAACGGCAUCCGCAAGGACGGGACCGCACGCCCCGUCCACGGCAUCACCGCGGACGCCAACGACUUCAUGCACGGCUGGCUCAACUACCAGAUUGAGCACCACCUCUGGCCGCAGCUGUCGAUGCUCUCGUACCAAAAGGCGGCGCCCCAGCUGCGCGCCAUCUGCGAGAAGCACGGCGUGCCGUACGUGCAGCACUCCGUCUUCCGCCGCCUCAAGAAGACGGCGGACGUGAUGGUCGGCGCCGCCUCGAUGCGCCAGUUUGCGCCCGAGUGGGAGGCGGAGGAGGACAAGUUCGAGUGGAAGGCGUAGCGGAGUGGGCGCGCGCCGUAGCCCCGCCAGCACAGCCCGAGACGAGGCUGGGUGGUGGAGGGUGGUGGAGGGCCGCUCGACGGCGGCGGACGAACUGUGGCGGACGUCUGGACGCGCUGCUCGUGGCGGGGGCGGCAUGAGGGACGGUGUGGAUGGCGCGCGAGACGGCUCGCUCCACUCCUGUCUGUGGUGGUCCCCCAUUGUACCCGCAUGUCCCAUGGUCAUGCGCGACACACACAGAUCUCACUUUAUCACAGUCCACGCACACACAAUGCGCUGCGCAAAAUGUAUGUUGUUUGUUCCUCUCUCGAAAGCGGUCUAAAUC